AUGGCUUUCACCAUUAUGUCUGAUACUUUGAUCACUGGCCUCAUAGCCGCCCAGACCUGCGACAAGGCUAGGCUGCCUAGCAAGCAGUUGUCAUCUGACAAUAGUGGUAAAAAGUUUAUCAAAACUGGCAUGGGACUAAGAAUAUCAUCGCCAUCUUCGGACUUUUACGCCUGGGGAUAA